UCCUCCUCUUUCCUGUUUUUUUCUUUUUUUUUUUUUGAAUAUUUCGGGUUUAAAAAGCCCCCCAACCAUCCAAUCCUUUCCUCCACCACAACAAGAGAGGUGAAGUGAAGGGAGAGAAACCCAUUAGAGCUAGGAUCAGAGUUGCUUUGAGAUUCGGAAAUACAUCAUACAUAUAUUGAUAUAUAGAUAUAUAUAGUCGAUCUCCUCGGUACCGGUAGUCCAAUAGGAACGUGGUAUACAAACGGAAAUGGAGAAGCAAGAGGAAGGGGCUCUCUAUUCAACACCAUCACCACCACCAUCACCAUCUUCUUCUCGGUUCAAAAGGGUUUGUGUUUUCUGCGGCAGCAGCCCCGGAAAGAAGGCUACUUACCAGCUUGCUGCUAUUCAACUGGGCCAUCUAUUGGUGGAGAGGAACAUAGACUUGGUGUAUGGAGGGGGCAGUGUUGGGCUCAUGGGACUUGUCUCCCAAGCUGUCUACAAUGGAGGUCGCCAUGUCCUUGGGGUUAUCCCCAGGACACUGAUGCCCAGAGAGAUAACAGGAGAGACCGUUGGAGAGGUGAGAGCAGUCUCCGGCAUGCACCAGCGAAAGGCUGAGAUGGCUCGGCAAGCCGAUGCCUUCAUCGCACUACCCGGUGGCUAUGGAACCUUAGAGGAGCUUUUAGAAGUCAUUACUUGGGCCCAGCUGGGAAUCCAUGACAAACCGGUGGGUUUGUUGAACGUUGAUGGCUACUACAAUUCUCUUCUGUCUUUCGUCGACAAGGCCGUCGACGAAGGGUUCAUCACGCCCGCCGCGCGCCAUAUCGUAGUCUCCGCCCCGACCCCUCAAGAGUUGCUAUCCAAACUCGAGGAUUAUGUUCCAAUUCAUGAUGGGUCCGGGCUCAAGCUAAGUUGGGAGAUGGAGCAAAUUGGGCUCACACCCAAAUCGGACAUUUCACGUUGACCAAUUCCACCUUAAAAAUUAUUAACUAAAAACACCAAAAUAUUAUCCUUGCUUCGUUUAGCAGCUUCUUUUUCCUAAUGUUUUUAUAUAUAUAAUAUAACUAGUGAUGCUGUGGAUAAUGGGCUCCAACGACUUGUCCUGUUAACUUUUUUUUUUUUUCUUUUUUCUUUUUCUAAAUGGGUGUUUUUGACUUUUGACUCAGAUAAGGUGUCACAUAGUUGUAAAGACUCAUUUGUACAUGCUCCUUUACGUGUAACAAUUGUGCCCAUUAGCUUUUUAUUUUUUUAUUUUUGCUUUUUUUUUCCCUCUCAUUUAACAUUGUCUCUUUCUAA